CGCGGCGGGCGGGCCGCCACCAUGCAGGUCCCGCACAAGGAGCACCUGUACAAGCUACUGGUGAUCGGCGACCUGGGCGUGGGCAAGACCAGCAUCAUCAAGCGCUACGUGCACCAGAACUUCUCCUCGCACUACCGGGCCACCAUCGGCGUGGACUUCGCGCUCAAGGUGCUCCACUGGGACCCGGAGACCGUGGUGCGCCUGCAGCUCUGGGACAUCGCGGGUCAAGAAAGAUUUGGAAACAUGACACGGGUCUAUUACCGAGAAGCUAUGGGUGCAUUUAUUGUCUUCGAUGUCACCAGGCCGGCUACAUUUGAAGCAGUGACAAAGUGGAAGAAUGACUUGGACUCAAAGUUAAGUCUCCCUAACGGCAAACCAGUUUCAGUGGUUUUGUUGGCCAACAAAUGUGACCAGGGGAAGGAUGUGCUCCUGAACAACGGCCUCAAGAUGGACCAGUUCUGCAAGGAGCAUGGUUUCGUGGGAUGGUUUGAAACAUCGGCAAAGGAAAAUAUCAACAUCGAUGAGGCCUCCAGAUGCCUGGUGAAACACAUACUUGCCAAUGAGUGUGACCUGAUGGAGUCCAUUCAGCCUGACAUCGUCAAGCCACAUCUCACAUCGCCCAGGGUUUUCAGCUGCUCCAGCUGUUCCAAAUCCUAGUAGGCUGCGGUGCUGGAGUAUGGUGGGAAGAAUCCAUCAUCUCAUG